CCAUUGCCAAUUUAUUUGUGAAAAAUAACUUGGUCUACCAAUGGUCGUCUAUGAUUCAACAAAAUAUGGCGGCUGUCGUAGCAACAGCCGAUAUGACGAUUCAAAAGAAUUCUCAGAUUUUAGUAAAUGUUGAAGAAGCGCUAGCUGAUUUAAUUGUUGUAUCGUACUGCACUGACGAUAAAAAGUUCCAAGGUGUGCUUCUGGACUCCAACAAAGGUAACUUGCCUUUUGGAGUGUAUAGCCUCAACCCAGCAUUCUCAAAACAGGCUGUGCCUACAAAUGAAAGCGAUAAAUUGCAUUCCGUUAGUCAAAGGUUCACAUACCAAGAACCCCAAUAUGAGGGAGAAAACUCACAAAAAUCAAAAAAGCCUGGUCCUAAGGGUAAGCAGCAGCAAAAGAUGACCGUCCGACUAAGACCUCGGAAGGUCUUAUGUUCAAAUUGCCAAGGGAUUUGUAAUGAGAACAACGAAAACGUAGACGUGUCUAAAAAACGUAAGAUGGAAUCUGAUGACGAUACGUCUCGCCUCUCUGAGUCAUCAAGGACGGAAAAAAAGUAUUUGAUGGGCAGCAUGCUCAUACCUAAGCUGUCCAGGCUACAACCAAGCGAAAUCACAAGUGCUGUGAGAGGGGCACCAAAAGUUUCCAACAAGGCUAGUGAAAAACAAAUUAAAAGUGAGAAAUCUAGUAAUGAGACAGUAACACAGGAACUGGCUUUUGUCAGUGUUUCUGACGACUUGGACGCCGAUAAAGAAGAAGAUAUGAAAGACGAAAAUGAUAUUUCUUUCAGCUCCAUGUUCUCAAGUGCAAAGACACUUAAAAUAUGUUUUGGGGAAGGUGAAGGGACAGUUGUAAAAAUACCACCACUUACUGGCGACUUCAAUGAAGACUCAGGUGUAUCUUGUGAUAUGGGGAAGCCAACAAAACCUGAUUCCAAAGCGGCUAAGAAGGCCCUAAAGAAAGCUAAAAAACAGGCAAAGAAAACUAGCUCAGUAGAAAAAAGUCAAAGUAUGCAAUCGCCCAAACAUAUAGGAGCGUUAUCACCUCAUAACAAUGCCUCCAGUCCAACACUAGAUCCUUUAGAAAAGAAACACAAGCAUAAAGUAAAACACAAAAAAAAGUACAAAAAUCAGAAGAAGCGUGAUGAGAACACAAGUAAAUGUACUGACAGUGAAUCUGUGGACUAUUUUAGUGAUAUUAAAGAGCAUUGUAUGAACCAGAAGUUGUCAAUAAGCUUACGAAGAUUAAGUAGUAAUUCACACGAGAAGCAGAUUGAGAAUGAUCCUAUAGAAAGUGGUUCGGAUGACUGCGACAAUGAAAUGGUGCCAGAUUUCCCUACAAAUGGUACGGAGGGUGUUGGUGGUAGGUUACUGAGGGUUUCUCCAGGGGAUGUGGUGUGGGGUAAGGUGGUAGGGUUUCCCUGGUGGCCGGGAAGGGUUCUCAGUGUCACACCCACAUCAAGGGCCCAUGUGGCUUGGUAUGCUUCAACCACAUCAUCAUUAAUGCCAUGUGAUAGCUUGAGUCCAUUUUUAGAAGAUUUUAAGAUACGCUUCCUAAAGAAAAAACGGGGACCAUACAAAGAGGCUGUGAAACAAGCUACAAUCGAAGCUAAGAAAAAUGAAUCUCACGUAAGUGAUCCACUUGCGAGUCCCACGCACACCCUGGCAACUGUCUCACCCCAACCCAUCGAUGUGUUCUCCUAGACGUAAGAUGCAUCCGAAUUUAUUCAAAGUCAUUGUGAUAUUUAAUAAUUACUUGAAUUAUCUGCACAAAUAGGUUCUUAAUACUAUUUAGUUGUUGCACUGAAAAUUUAUUUUUUAUGUCUUGAGAUAAAAUUGUUAUUUUUAUAGACUUCUUGAAUGUAUAAACCAAAUUACCAACUACCUCUUUAGCUGUAAAAGAUAGGUAAUUUAAAAAAUAUAUGUAUUUUACAUUGGUUUCUUGCUUUUGUGAUAAGCAGUUCUAAUGUUGUAAUUUUUUUUAAUCUAUGAUUAUGAAUGUUUCUAAUUUAUGAUUUCUAAUCAAGAACAAUAAUGAUAUCUCUUAAAUUGUUUCAAAAGUGACUUCAUUUUCAGUGUAGCAACUAUUCAAUUUAAAUGUUAACAAAUAUAGACCAACGAUUUAAAUAUGUUGGUUUUCUUAUAAGGCUGGAUUAUCAAUAUCUUUGGUCAUUGCGAGAACUUGGCAGGUAUCCUAAUCAUUCUCACCAAACUUAAUGGCGACUCGCAACUCACUACCGAGAGGACAAUAGCUCUCGCAUACCUACAUCAGCUGCUGAUACCAAAAAUAGUUUACACCUCGCGCGAUAUUCCAAGGCCCCAUUAAGUUUGGUCCAUACUAAACCAAUAUUUCAGACACAAUGAACUGCAAAGGUAGCAUUCUCUAGUUCGGCUUUCAGUGUAAGAAAUUAAAAGUGUGAAUAGAUAUUUUACUGUGUAUU